AUGUGUCAAUUUAUCAAACAAUUACCUGAUUCUAAGAAUAAGUCAAUUAUUGCUCUCAAAGAACUCAUCAUAAAUCCAAAAGAACUUAAAAGCUAUGAGAAAGUGGUACCACUUAUACCAGUCAUAGAGUUGCCGACUGUCCGGGAAUUACCGAAAUCUCCAGAUCUGCCGAACGUAUUGUUCGUUGGCAUCGAUUCGGUGUCGAGACUGCAGUUCGACCGACACUUUCCCAUCACUGCCCGCAAUGUUAUCAGUGGACAGGGAUUUCAAACAAUGUAUGGCUAUAACAAAGUGGCCGACAAUACCUUUCCAAAUCUCACACCACUUCUUAUGGGACUUUACGUCGAGAACCUCUGGAAUGAAACAAUGAACGCACAGUUUGACAACUUUCCCUUCAUAUGGAAAGAAUAUCAUCGGAAAGGCUAUCAAACAUUAUAUAUGGAGGAUGCACCCAUUAUGCAUACAUAUAAUUAUGAGAAAAAGGGGUUCGCAGACCCCCCUACUGACUACUACCUCAGACCCUACUACUUGGCCAUGGACUCUAAGACCAAGGAUUAUUGCUACUUAGAUCGAGUGGAUCUGGAGGUAUAUUACGAGUAUUUGUUGGACUUUAUCCGUGCAAUGAAUGUCAGAAAACAGAAGUACUUUGCGUUUCAUUUCAUGGCUCGACUCACACACGAUAUCCUCAAUAAUGUCGGAUAUUUUGAUCCCAUUAUUGAUAGACUUUUU